CCAUUUUGGCGUGGGGAGGUGGCCGCCAUUUUGGGAAGGGCGGGGAGAAGGCGGCCGGUACCGACCGUCCCGCCCCGUCCCCGACCCUGCCGGGGAGCCGGCGGGUAGACGGAGGUGGAGCGGGACGGACAGGGCCCCCCCGGGGCGGCCGCUGCCGCCGCCAUGGCCGCCGUCUGGCAGCAGGUACUCGCCGUGGAUGCCAGGUACGCAGCCUACCGCACGCCCCGCUGGCCCCAGUUCCGGACGCAGUACGUGCGGCGGCGCAGCCAGCUGCUGCGGGAGCAAGCGCAGGGAGGGACGCUGGAAGGUGGCACCCGGCGCUGGUACCUGCGGAUACGCACCCGGCUGCUGGCCCAGCGCUACGGGGCCCUCUCCGAGCAGAGCAGCUGCCGGGCACACAGUAGCAGCGCCCUUCGUGCCAGCCGCACCACCCUCGACCGCAUGGAGGACUUCGAGGAGGACCCGCGGGUGGCCCGGGGACACCGGCGCUCCCUCAGCCGUGGCUCCCACCCCGGGGUCCCCCGCGGGACCACCGACGAGCGCCCCCCCGGAGUGGUACCGACGCCACUGGCAGAGGCGAGCCGCGCCAUGGCCGGGGACACGACGCUGAGCGAGAACUACGCCUUUGCCGGCGUCUACCACGUCUUCGACCAGCACACCGACAGCGCCGUGCCGAAGGUGCAGUUCGCACACGACGACCGGCACCUGCUGGCCUGCUGCUCGCUGGACGGCACCAUUUCGGUUUGCCGGCUGGCGCCGGGGCCGCCGGCGGUGCUGCGGGUGCUGCGGGGCCACGGGGGCGGCGUGGCCGAUUUCGCCUGGUCCCUCUCCAACGACGUCCUGGUCUCGGCCUCCCUGGACGGCACCCUGCGGCUCUGGGCCCCCGCCGACGGGCGCUGCAUCCGCCGCGUGCCCGACCCCGACGGCGCUGCCCUGCUCUGCUGCGCCUUCCAGCCGCUCAACAACAACCUCACCGUGGUGGGCAGCGCCCGGCACAUGGUGCGGGUGGUGAACAUCUCGACGGGGAAAGCGGCGCGGGGCGGGGCGGGGCGGCUGCCCGGCCGGGUGCUGGCGCUCUGUUUCGAUUCCCCCGGCCGCGUCCUUUGGGCCGGCGACGACCGCGGCUCCGUCUCCUCUUUCCUCUGCGAUCCCGGCACCGGACGGCUAACGAAGGCCUCGCGGGUGGUGGUGCAGGCGGGCGGCUCCAUCACCUCGCUCUCGGCGCGAGCCUGGGCCAGCCGCGAGGCGCCCGACCCUUCCCUGCUGGUCAACGCCUGCCCCGACCGCCUGCUGCUUUUCCGGGUGGUGGAGGAGGAGGGGCAGGGGCGCCGGGGCUGCGGGCUGCGGCGCAGCUUCCCCACGCGGCACCGGGAGCAACCCCUGCGCAGCUGUUUCUGCCCCCCUCAUGUCGUUCCGGCAAGGCGCUCUGCGUGGGUACUGACGGGCAGCGAGGACGCCUGCGUGCAUUUCUUCGACGUGGGGCGGGCGGCGCGGGCCACCGUCAACACGCUGCAAGGCCACGGCGGGGCGGUGCUGGCCGUCGCCUUCAACUGCGACGAGAGCCUGCUGGCCUCCAGCGACGCCGCCGGCACCGUCAUCGUCUGGCGCCGCCAGCACGCCUGA